AUGUGUCACUAUCAAAGAAGCCCCACACUCUCAACAUGUAAAUAUGAAGCAUUACGUUCGGUACUUACUGAACUUAUCAGUCACAAUGAGCGGCUCCGAGAAGUAGACGAAAAACUAAAUUCUCAGCUUACAAUGAUAAAUAUUUAUAUACAACAAUUUUAUGGUGAAAAUCAACAACUUUAUCUGGAAAUUCGAAAACUUAACAUUGAUAAUAAAACAUUACAUAUUGAAAAAGAAGAAAUUGAUUUUCAAAAUCAACAGCUGGCAGGUGAACUUGAACAGGUUCGCCAAGAACAUUAA